AUGAGAGUGUCGUCAGCAAAUCAAGUAAGAACUUCCCACUUGAACCACAACCUCACUACUACUGCAUGUGCUGACCCCAGACAAUCAGCCAAGUCUCACUUCACUCGCUCUGUGCGGUCCGACGAAUUGAUCAGUGGCGAUGGCAAGUACAUUUAUCUCCAUCAUCAUGAUGGACAUCUUGCUGACGCCGACUGGCCUACAGGUCAAUCCAUUGAUCUCGCACUUGCAUCGUGUACGCAUCCUACCUCUCGUUGA